AUGCGGCCAAUCAUUGAUGUGGAUGCCACACAUUUAAAAUGUAAGUAUAACGGUGUCCUCUUUGUUGCCAAUACAUUUGACGGAAAUCGAAAUAUAUAUCCUCUUGCUUUUGGAAUUGGGGAUUUAGAGACUGAUGCAUCAUGGUAUUGGUUUUUCAGUAAGCUUCAUGAAGGCAUUGCUGCGAAAUCUUAUGGCAUCGCUGAAUUUGAUCGUCAUUUUCGCAAGAUCAAGGGAAAUGAUGAGGUUGCUCAAUAUCUUGAAAGUGCAGGAUUACACAAGUGGUCUAGAGCUCACAUAGAUGGACGUCGAUACAAUGUAAUGACAAAAAAUAUUGCGAAGUCAAUCAACUCAGUCCUUUGGUUCGCAAGGAUGCUACCAGUCGUGGUGCAUUUGAUUGAUGAAAUCAUCAAUCUACUUGUGAAAUGGUUCAGUAAACAUCGUGAUUUUGCUUUGAAAUGUACAUCAACAUUGUGCCCUGACUUUGGAGAGAAGAAGCUAAGAUGCAAGUUGGAAUGUGCUUCAAGGAUGAAUGUUGUGAAACUGAGUCACGUAGAGUAUAAUGUCGUGGACGGUAAUAUGGACGGUCACGUACAUUUGACGAAUAACACUUGUAGUUGUAGGAAGUUUCAGCUUGAGCAACUACCUUGCAAGCAUGUAGUUGUAGUAUGCCGUUUCUUGAAACUAAAUGUAUACUCCAUGGCUUCUCGUUAUUACACUCGAAGUACAUGGUUGGAUGCUUAUUCAGAUACCAUCUACCCGAUACAGCCUCAAGAGCUGUGGGUUAUUCCUGAAGAUGUCCAAGGUAGAGUUGUGCGUCCUCCCGAUGCAAAGGUCAUGCCAAGCCGACGAAAGAAGCUAGGAUUCCCUCGCAAGGAGAGGAUAUCAUAA